UGUGGCGCGGUGCGCAUCGGGAAAGCGGCGGGAGGAUCCGGCCCUCGGCUGCAGCGCGAGCCAUGGUGGGUGGCGAGGCGGCUGCAGCGGUGGAGGAGCUGGUUUCCGGGGUGCGGCAAGCGGCCGACUUCGCCGAGCAGUUCCGCUCCUACUCUGAGAGCGAGAAGCAAUGGAAGGCCCGCAUGGAAUUCAUCUUGCGCCACCUGCCUGAUUACCGCGACCCGCCCGACGGCGGCGGCCGCCUGGACCAGCUGCUGUCCCUCUCCAUGGUCUGGGCCAACCAUCUUUUCCUGGGCUGCAGUUACAAUAAAGACCUUCUAGACAAGGUGAUGGAAAUGGCUGAUGGUAUUGAAGUGGAAGACCUGCCACAGUUUACUACCAGAAGUGAAUUAAUGAAAAAGCAUCAAAGCUAAGGAGAAGAUGUAUCACAUUUUCAUCAUGGGCCACAGGCUUAGAGAGGAGGCUGGAAUGAAUGUGACAGUGACCACAGCAGCUCUAGACUCCUGGUUAGAGGCAGUUGGAAUGAAAAAGGAAUCUGUCUAGAUUGGCUUAUAGAAGUCAUUAUUCUUCCAGUAGCUACCACUGUAAAAGUAUGCAUGGAUAUUUAUGUAUUUAUAAAUCAUGCACUCCAAGAUGAUUUCGUCAACAUCAUAUAAGCCUUUGUUCAAGAUGUCCUUUUUUUGUAAAUGUUGUAAUAGUGGCAGGUAAUGAAUUUUAUAGUUUGGAUUUUCAACAGUAUACCUGUAAGUGUGAUUCUGGUUUUUUUUUUUUUUUUUUUUUUUUUUUGCCUUUUAUUCUGACUAAGGCAAAUCAGAUCUUUUAUUUCCUUAUUUCUACAUGAAAUUCCUUAUUUAUACCAUACUAUUCUUCACUGUCAUUAUAUACCUAUCUUUGUGUAGAAAAUGAGAAUCACAUUGUGGGCUAAGGUACUCAUGAGCUAGCUAGCUCAUGGGAAGAGGCAGUUUACAAUAAAGUAUCUGGCUGCCCA